AUGGCGACCAGAUAUUUCUCCGCCUACGCUUCCAUGGCGGCCACCGUCAUGCUCUUCCGGUCGAUCGCCAACGACGCCAUCCCGCAGCCAAUACGAUCCUUCUUCCUCUCCACCGUCGGCCCUUACCUCCUACGCCUCCUCCGCCGGUUCUUCUCUUCCUCCGACAAACCCGAACGCACGACCCUCCUCGUCGACGAAAAGGCCGGCCUCCUCUCGAACCAGAUUUACGAAUCCGCCCAGAUUUACCUCCAAACCAAACUCCGGCCGGACUCGGACCGCCUGCGGGUCCACAAGACCGCCAAACAGAAGACCAUCACCCUCGGGCUGGUCGGGAACCAUCCGGUCGAGGACCGGUUCUCCGGCUUCGACCUGACGUGGCAGUUUGUCCACGUGGAGCCGGUCAAGUCAUCCGGGAACUACCGUCAGGAGAAGCGCUACUUUGAGCUGUCGUUCGACAAGUCAAACAGGGAGACCGUGGUCAACGACUACCUCCCUUUAGUCCUGCUGAGGGCCAAGGAGAUAAAGGAGAAGGAUCGCGUGGUGAGGCUGUACUCGACUCGCCAGUAUAGGGGCGGCGGCGAAGAAGAGUCCGGCGCGGGCCGGGACGGAAUGUGGGGUUACGUGAACCUUGACCACCCGGCCACUUUCGAGACGCUUGCCAUGGACCUGGACAUGAAACGGGCCGUGAUCGAGGACCUCGACCGGUUCGUGAGGAGGAAGGAUUACUAUCGGAGGGUAGGCAAGGCUUGGAAGAGGGGUUAUCUCCUAUACGGCCCGCCCGGGACUGGAAAAUCAAGCCUCGUGGCAGCCAUGGCCAACUACCUCAAGUUCGACGUGUAUGACCUCGAGCUCACGGGCGUCUACUCGAACAUGUGUUUGCAGACGAUGCUUCUUAACACAAAUAAUCGAUCGAUUGUGGUGAUUGAGGACAUUGACUGCAGUCGACAAAUGCAGAGUAGAAACAGGCAGAGUAGAAACAUGUCGGACCAAUCGCAAGAUCAGCUGACUUUGUCGGGACUACUGAACUUCAUAGACGGGCUUUGGUCGACGUGUGGGGACGAGAGGAUAAUUGUUUUCACUACCAACCACAAGGAAAAGAUCGACCCGGCACUUUUACGGCCCGGGCGAAUGGACAUGCACAUUAGCAUGGGUUACUGCACGGCACAAGGUUUCGACAUCUUGGCCAAGAACUACUUGGGAGUAGUCAAUCACCCGAUGUUUGGUGAGAUUAAGGAUUUGAUUGGAGAGAUUGAGAUAACUCCGGCUGAGGUGGCGGAUCACUUGAUGAGGAACGAGGAUGCUGACAUGGCACUUGAAGGUGUGGUGGACUUGUUGAAGAAGAAGAAGGAUGAGAAGAUUAAUGGGAGAACCAAGGACAAUAAAACCAAUCAUGAGGAAAAUAGAAUCGAUCCUUUUGGAUAUGGACAGGACAUUGCAAAUGGACAUGGACCUCUGGGCUAUAGUGCGACAAUGCUAGGCUAUGGUGGCGGCUAUGGUGGCGUCUAUGGUGGUGGCUAUGGUGGCUAUGGUGGCGGCUAUGGCGGCUAUGGUGGCUAUGGUGGCGGCUAUGGCGGCUAUGGUGGCUAUGGUGGCUAUGGUGGCGGCUAUGGUGGCUAUGGUACGCCACUCUAG